GGAGACGGUCAGUGUUCCCGUGCUGGCCAAUGGUAACAUACAGUACCAGGAGGACGUGGAGCGCUGCCUGGCCACUACUGGUGUUGACGGUGUUAUGAGUGCAGAGGGGAACCUUCACAACCCGGCCAUCUUCAAAGGCACUCAUCCACCUGUCUGGGAAAUGGCCCUUGAGUACCUCCAGUUGGCCAUACGCUACCCCUGCCCAACAAGCUACGCCAGGGGACAUGUCUUCAAGCUCCUUCAUCACUGUUUGUGCAUGAGUGAGAACUUUGACCUGCGGUACCGACUGUCCAAGACAUCGUCGGCGGAGGAGAUGGUGGUAGUGGUACAAAACCUCAAAGACCGGAUGAUGCCCUAUUACACCGGUGAAAAACCCUGGAACCCGGAGCCGGAUGGUGAACAAGCGCGUCUACCAAUGGCCCCCUGGUUGUGUCAGCCCUAUGUUCGUAUUCCCCCUGAGGAACACCUGAAAAAGAUUCAUGAGAGUCAGCGCCGCGCCCAGGAAAAACAACAAAUGCAGCAAGAGGAAGAACUGGCCAACACUGAAGACAGUGAGAGCAACGGUGGAGGUGAGCCGAGCAAGAGGCCGAUAACAGAGGAGUCAGAAGAGACGGAUCUGUCAAAGAAGAAAAAGAAAAAGAUGGCGAGGAACCCGAGAAAGUCCUUUGAUCCUCCCAACGACCCUUAUGAGAAAUGUGGCUGUAGGAACCCUAAGGUAGGUGAUUCUCCUUCAUAGAGGACGACUCUCAUCUGCUGUGUUGAUAUGAAGUUUUACUUGAUAAUUCAAAACACGUCGAGGAUAUUGGUGUGGACAGGUUCUUAUCCAAUAUGUCAGUGUGUGUGUUGUUUUGUGUAUGAAUCUUUGUGUCAGGAAAUUACUGAGUGUUGUUCCCGGCCACUAGUGACCUUACCUCCAACAUUUGCUUCUUUUCUGUGAGAGUAAAUCUGCAGCGUCGUCGGCGGUGUUUGACUGUAGUAUCAUGAGCUCGGUCAGUGUCAGUGACUACCUCCUCACAGGGCAGAGUUUAACCCAAAAGUUAGGAAACAUUUGUUAAAAUUCCUUGAAAAUCCUCUCGCCAUCACCGCGAAUAUUAACUAGCCAUUCCUGAGUAUAGAACUGAGAGAUUCAGACCGUGAUAAUUCGAAAUAACUUUUGCCCAGCGACCCCACCUGUCUUAUGGUGCUAUUUGGUGCAGCAAGCUCACCAUUCUUCCUCCAGUGUGGCUUAUUAAAAGUGCUCAGUAAACUGUAUCAUGAAACACGCCAGUUACUGAGUGGAGCCACAAUGCCUUUAUAUGAACGGAGAAAUAAUAUCAGCGUGAUCCACGACUGUGUUCGUGAUGAUAAUCUUGACCAAGAUUGUACUAGUUAUGUUGUUAGAUUUGGCCUGGGACUGCGUGUUGUAUGAACUGAGAGUAAGAUGAUUUACAAAGAGAAUCAGAGACAAUCAUUGAGUACAACUUGCAGGCUCCAGGGAGUAUAAUUUGUGAUGACUCAUUGUUGUUAAACUGAUUAACAGAUAGUAGAAGUAUGUGAACUUAAUUAAUUAUGUGAUUUGGUUUUCCAAAGCGAUCGACCUGAGGGAACUCAACGUUCAAAACAAAUGGACCGGUAAGCUAUUUCCUAGAAAACACAAACAAACCAUUACUGCUCACAUCUAGGCCAAGAAUAACAACCAUGAGAAAGAUUAUACUCGUCAUACCAUAACUUACUCACAGCCGUAAUGAGAUAUCAUCUAAUACAUUAAGAUAACAUAUUAGUUAUAUGAGUAAAAUGAACCAGAACACAAUGUUAUUUAUGGUAGAUAACGAAAAUGUCGAGAAAGAAUUAUCCUACUAAUAUGGAAAGGGUCUUUUCCCAAUACGAAUUAAGGGGAGCCAAGCGACAAAAAGCGUUAUAUAAAGGUGUCUUUUACUGAACUAAAUUAGUCCAUCCACUUUAAGAACGAGUGUCCCUGUCUGCCAAGGGAAUGCGCUGAGAAGACCCCUGAGCUGGUAAAGAUCCUUUUGAACCUGCAGGAUGGGUUCGUUCCCUGACAGUGGCGGAUAGUGUAGCUGAAUCUAGUCUUCCCUGAAAGGUUAAAAGCCCCCAUACCACCACCAAGGUCGUGUUGGCUCACGGUGAAGUAAGUUCGCUUGGAGUGUCUUCAUGGCAAUGUACCUGAGAUUGGCUAAAUUUGCCGAGAUGUUUUGUGUUUCCAAAGUACAGCAGGUUA